AUGGACGUUUUAUCCAUGGUUCUAGAUAUGAAACAUGAAGAGGACGACGAAAUUUUGGACAUGCCACUGACAGCGAGCCAGUUUGAAGCGAAAAAACAAGAGUUACAAGCCGAGUUGGCAGCUAUACGAAAUGGAACCUGUAAAACGCUUUUGGAUUUGUUUCAAGAAUUACAAGAGAAAAAAGAAGAAGAAUUGGAGAUUGAAGGACAGUGGAGACGGCAUUUGAUGGAACGAGCCCAAGAAGAAUAUGAAGCAGAACUGAAGGAUGCCAAAGAAGAAUAUGAGCAGCGUUGCAACUCUCUACAAACCAUGGUUUUAUCACAUUUGGCUGAGAAAAAACGACACAUCCUGGAAGCCAAGGAUAUGUUUGAUAUUGCUAAUGAGUCUUCUUCUCUUCUUUUACACGAUGCAUCUUCCCAAUUUAUUGACCGUCGAAAGUUAAGGCAUCGUCGAAACGCUUCUUCCAAUAACUCCGCCUCUCAUCAAUUGCCCACUCUCAACUUUUUUGACGAUUAUUUACUUUUCCCCACAGAAGAGACGUCCGCGAUACCAGAGUCCAUAAAGAAGACGGUUCGAAAUUCUGUCAACUCGGCGAAACCAUCCAACAUGGAAUUAUCACUUUUUUCUCCUCUCUUGACAAUGGCAAAUGUAAAUCUCUCUGCCACCCGUGACCGAGACUUUCGAGCCAUGGAGCGAGCCGAACGUGAUCGUGAGAAAGCCAUUGACAAGAGUUUAGUCGGUGCUUCUGAAGAAGACGUCAAAUCUGACCUACAGCUUCUUAACAAAGAAAUUCAAAAGAAAAGGUGA